GGAGUAAUACUUGUAUCAAAUAGCCGAAAAUCCAUGAGAAAUCUUUGUUUAUUUUACUGCUCACUUUUCUUCUUUCACUAUUUCCAGUGAUCUGUCAAAAACAGCUGACAUUCUCGGCAUAUUCUUGGGGAUUCAAAUUUAUGAUUAUGAACGAAGAAAAGUGAUCAAAUUUUCAUUAAACUAAAAUAAUUUCAAAACUAUUAUUACGUAUAAUAAAUUACUGUAGUAGUUAGCUGUUAUAUUCUCAUAGUAUUAUUAAAGUAUUGGCUCAAAAAUAUUGGAAUAUAUAAUUUAAGUGGCAUUGUUUAAAAGAUACAAUGUCCCUGACCCUGCUGAAGCAUGCGUGGCGAAAUGUCGUGAAGAGCAACCAGCUCAGCCUCACAUCCGUCCACUCCAGGACACUCUCGUCCAGCAUCUCAGAUAUAACAAAGUCGUCAACGACGAGCAAUGACCAGCUGACGACGCGGCUGCAGGCGGCCGUGACGGCGGGCGCCGUGCUCGCCGCCGUGCAGAGCUCGCCCUCCGCCACCGCGCAGCACAUGCUGCAGGCGCUGCGCUGCCUGUUCCUGCUGCACCGCGCCGGCAAAUUCGAGAAGGAGCCAGAAGAAUUAAUAAAAGACCCCGGCUUCAGCAUGCUCUGCCAGAACUUCAAAAAGCACGCGCGCGCGCUCGAGCUCAACGAGGCCAUUGAAGCCACCAAAGUCCUCUCCUACCUCAAAGUCCCCGUCGACUCGCUCAUAGUACAAACCAUGCUUCAACUCAUUAGGUGCAACAUAAACAAUUUAAAUCUUAGACAGAUUAUGUUCUUAGACUUUUUACUUAAUCAAUAUGAUACGAAGAAUCAUUUAGUUGAUGCGUUGAAACUAGCGCUUCCCUUAGCUUUCCAAGUGCAUCUGCCUCUUGAGAUGGACAAUGAAGAUUUGCCGUUGCUGAGGGAUAUGCUGUACUACUGCUGCGCGCACGAGUUGCCGGACCGCUGCAUCAACAAUGUGGUGACGGGCUUGUUGCUGCACGAUCAGAGCAUAGACGCGCACGCGGCCAAGUCCAUUAUAUGGUCCCUUUGCGAUGUCAACUGCACUGAAGAAUUGUUCCCGACUAGAGUUCAGCUCCUCCACAUCUGUUUCGACAUCCUAAGUCAGUCCCUGAACCGGUUAUCGUACGACGAGGUGCUCCGCACGGCCGCGCGCCUCAAGGGCCGGAUCCUGGAGAAGCACCCGGAGUACUACCACGAGCAUCUCAUGGACGCCAUCGCCAACUAUGUGGUCGACAAGCGCAUUCCGUUCGAGAAGGGGCUGCUGGUAGCCAGAGUACUGUCUAGACUGGCCCACAGCCACCUAGGCCUGGUAGAAUACCUCUGCCAGGAAGUCGUCGCGAAUCCCAAGACUCUCGAGAACGCGCGCACCAACAUCCUGUUCGGAUUCAUCAACUGUCUCUCCAACAACAACCACAUGCCCGACAAGGAGCAGUGGGAGGAGAUCCGGCGACAGAUCUCCGGCAACCCCAUACUGGACGCCAAGCACGCCGCUCUGCCCUGGGUCAAGGUGUGCCUGGAGCUGGCGUCGCUGGGCCACUACGACGACCGGCUGCUGAAGCGCGUGUUCUCGCGCGAGUUCCUAGACGAGUUCCUGAGCCGCCCCGACUGCACGCUCGACUACCUGCAGCUGCUCACCUUACACGAGGCGGUGCGCGCCUUCCACAGCGAGGAGUACCAGGUGCCGGAGUACAUUCUAGAAAAGGCAAAGAGCCUGUACCCCACGCACGCGCUCACGGAGCAACUUCAGAAGAACCUGGCGCAGGCGGUGGGCGCGGCCGACGUCGUGGCUAGGAACGUGCUGCUGCCCUGCGGCAUCGUAGCAGAUGUGCUGAUGUGUUUGAAAAACGGCUACCCCGUGUCGCUGCCGGUCACCGACGGCCACAAGGUGCCCGUCGAGACACUCAACUUGCCGGAGGGAAGCCUGCCCGUGUGCAUCCUAAACUUCAACCAAGGCUGUUUCUCGAUGAACAGCAACCGCCUGCGCGGCACGUUCCGGCUCAUUCUGGAGAUCCUCGAGAAGCAGGGCUACGCGGCGGUCGCCAUCAACACUCGCGCCUGGCUGGCCGCGCCGGCGCACGAGCGCGCGCCGUACCUGCUGCGUGAAGUCGGCUACAAGUGCGCAGAGUGCGGCCUCAAGCUCGCCACCACCUGAUAAUAAAUGUUGUU